AUGUCAGUUGUAGGUGUCGACUUCAAUGACCCGACAAAUGGAAGAUAUGAAGUCCUCGAUAAAUCGAAGCAAUUUUGCCACAGCACUGCAGGGAAAUUAACACCAAACAGUGAGCUUUUCGGAUCAUUACGCGCUGACUACAACUGGUUCGGCUUCGCGGAUGGUCUUGGUAGAGAAACAGCUCUUCGAUCAGACUGUGGGGAUCCAGCAGUAGCUGUGGAAUUUGAUGCUGACAAUAAGCCAUUUGUCAAAUACUUGGCGCAAACAACUUCACGACGAGCAAAGCAUGUCACAUAA